AUGCCUUUCUCCCACCACUCCCAUUCAGGCCAGUUCUGCGGGCAUGCAGCGAACACUCUGGAAGAAGUUGUCCAGACCGCGAUAAGCAAAAGAGUCUCAACGUUCUGCUUGACGGAACAUAUCCCGAGAGAGGAAAUCGACUUCUACCCUGAAGAGGAGAAAGUUCACACGCAAGCAAGCCUCACGCAACUGUUCGAUGACUACUACCACGAAGCUCGACGUCUGCAAAAGACGUACGCAGAUCAGAUCCAAAUCUUGAUCGGCUUUGAAGGCGAAUGGAUCCGGCCGGGCUCGCUGGGUAUCAUCCAGGACAUCUUGGAGAAGUAUCCUGUGGACCUCUUCGUAGGUAGCGUGCACCAUGUACACACCGUGCCCAUCGACUUCGACACGCCGAUGUAUCACCAAGCCCGCGAGAUCGCCGGAGGUACCGACGAGGAUAUCUUCGGCGACUACUUCGACUCGCAGUUCGAAAUGCUCACCGCACUGAGGCCGCCGCUGGUGGGACACUUUGAUCUCAUUCGAUUGAAGGGCGAUGAGCCAGACCGAAGCUUUCGGACUUGGCCGAGGAUCUGGGAGAAGAUCGAGCGGAAUUUGAACUUCAUCGCAGGCUAUGGUGGAGUGCUGGAGUUGAAUACAAGCAGUCUGAGAAAGGGCAUGAGCGAAGCGUAUCCUCAAAGUGAGAUCUGUAAAGAGUUCAGGAAAAUGGGCGGACGCUUCACCUUGUCGGACGACAGCCACGGGGUUGAGCAAGUGGCACUCAGCUAUAACCGAGCUUGGAGCAACAAUGUACUACGAGCGGGUAUCACCGAGCUGUAUCAUCUCGAGCCCACCACAGACGAGUCAAAACUUCACGACAAGCGGUUCCCGAACGUUUACUGGAAAAGUACUCCUGUCGCCGAGCUGGAAGCACAUGCAUUCUUCAAGCCUUGA